AUGGCAGCCACAGCUAAUAAAGCGAUCAUUGCCUCCGUGGAUCUUCAGUCAUUCACCGAAUACCUGAAAGGCUGUCGGCGAAUCCUCGCCCUUCUCGGAGCUGGCAUCUCCGCAGCAUCUGGCCUUCCUACUUUUCGCGGCGCUGGAGGAUUAUGGCGCCACUAUGAUGCGACCUCCUUAGCAACACCAGAGGCUUUUGACGAUAACCCAGGGCUGGUCUGGCAGUUCUACAGCUAUCGGCGGCAUAUGGCUCUCCAGGCACAACCGAACAAGGCUCAUUACGCGCUGGCGGAGUUAUCACGGAGAAACAAGGACUUUAUCACCUUGACCCAAAAUGUCGAUGGUCUUUCGCAACGAGCGCAGCAUCCCCUGGAACAACUGAAUUUACUCCACGGGUCUCUCUUCGACAUUAAAUGUACUUCUUUCUAUUGCAACUACUCACGCCAAAAUGAUUUCACCGAUCCUAUCGCCCCCGCCUUGGAUAUUCCGAAGCACUCAUCAUUGCUGGGUCCGUCAAAAACUGACAAGUCCGGCGAAGAAGCAUCCAACUCCCUACAAGACGCAUUGGAAGACAAAGCCACCGCAAAAGAUGUUGACAUCUCUGACACGAAUAACCCCAUCCCCGAACUGACUCAGGAAGACCUGCCCCAGUGCCCCAAGUGCAACGGCCUUCUAAGACCAGGCGUUGUCUGGUUUGGCGAGCCGCUCCCGACUGACACCCUCGAAAAGAUCGACAAUUGGGUCGAAUCGGCUCCAAUUGAUUUGAUAUUGGUCAUCGGUACGAGCUCAAGUGUGUAUCCUGCGGCAGGGUAUGUUGACGUGGCUCGUAACCACGGAGCGAAGGUUGUUGUGGUUAAUAUGGAGAAGGACAUGCCGACUCGCGGGAAGGGGGCGUGCGACUGGUUCUUUCAAGGUGAUGCUGGGGUCAUUGUGCCAGAAAUCUUGAAGAGCAUUAUUGGGGAGAUCUGA